AUGGGAAAUGGGUGCUUCAAGCCUUUACCAAAGGAUUUGGAACCUAAGGAUGACUAUAUUUCAAUAACAAUGAAGGAUGAUUUGUUUGCAACUCUACCGCAAGAGAUUGUGACAGAUAUCAUGCGUAGACUCACGAUUAGAAGCAUUAUGAGGUGCAAGUUUGUUUGUAAAUCAUGGCUCCAUCUUAUAGAGGGGGUUGAGUUUGCGAAAUCAUAUACACCGGAACCAGGCCUGGCUUUCGAUGUUCCUGGCCAUGGGUUCAAAGUUUGCAAUAAGACCUUCAGACUGGCUUUCGAAGUCCUGUUGCCUAGACCUGACAUGCCAUGUUCAACUAAUCCUUGUAUCCAAAGUGUUGUAAUUGAUUCAGUUAAUGGUUUGCUCUUGAUGUGA